UAAAAAUCAAAAGUUUAAUUAACGUUCAAGUCACGAUCAAAACAUACGAAAACGUGUUUUUGAUCGUGAAGCCGUGAAGUGGUGACCAAGAGGUGUGUCCAUCUUACCCCACACCCCCUAGGCCAGCCCAGCCCACGACCCAAAUGGGGGUGCCCACCACCAUGGCCACGCCCAACGCAACGCAUUUCCCGCAUGAAGGCAAAUCCACCGAGGAGGUUCAAUUGGAACAGAUUCGCAAUAAACUUCGACGUCGCGAAUUGGCCACGAAAUUGAAACGUCAAAAGAAGAAGGAUAAACGCCAACGUCAAGAUGAGCGGAAGAAAGAGGCUCAAGCUUUGGGCCCGGACGCCCCGCCCCGCCUCGUACCCAAGACUUUGGAGGCGUUGCGCGAGCCCGAUGUGACCACGGUUGUCAUGGGCGGGGCUGAGCCCGGAGCCGAACCCGACCCGACGCUUAUGGAUGAAGAAACACAUUGGGACAUCAACCAUGACGAGUUCCAAGACUACUUUGCCAAGGCCUACCAACCCAAAGUGCUCAUCACGUCGGCUGAUAAUCCGCACUCGCGUACCAUUGCCUUCAUGAAGGAGUUAUCGCGCAUCAUUCCCAAUGCCGAACCCAUGUGGCGAAAGAACAGCUCUAUGAAAAAGAUGGUCCGCCGAUCCAUUGAGAACGAAUUCACGGACAUCGUGGUGGUCAACGAAGACAACCGCCAUCCCAAUGGCAUGAUCGUGUCUCAUUUGCCCAAUGGACCCACCGCCCAUUUCCGUCUGAGCAACGUGAAGAUUGCCAAGGAUAUCAAGAAAGAUUGGCGACAAAUCUCGUCCCUUCGCCCUGAAGUGAUUCUCAACAAUUUUUCCACGCGCUUGGGCCACACGGUGGGCCGCAUGAUGGCCGCCUUGUUCCACUACGAACCUCAGUUUCAGGGGAAACGCUGCGUGACUUUUCAUAAUCAACGCGACUACAUAUUUUUCCGACAUCACAUGUACGAUUUCAAGUCGUCGGAAAAGGUUCGCCUACGAGAUAUGGGACCCCGGUUUACACUAAAGCUACGGUCUCUACAAAAAGGCACGUUUGACUCGAAAUUAGGGGAAUACGAAUGGAUCAUUUCCGGUCGGCGUCACGAUAUGGAGACUUCUCGACGUCGUUUCUUCUUGUAAUGAUCCCGUGAAAAGUAGCGAACGCCAUUGUCUCUUCUUCUUCGACAAAUAAUGAAACAAGAUCAAUACUUUGAGAGUGCAUUCAGAAUGUAAAUAAAGAUAUUCCUCAACAAUCAA